AUGUGUGUAUGGGGAACAUCACGGGCUCUAUCUGGGUUUUAUUUUUUCCAGCUGGGUGCAUUGAAGAAGUGCGUACCGUGUUGUCCUUGUGUUUUUUUUUUGUGCGUGUGUCUGCGGCUACAGUGUGGGGGAUGGGAUUACAGCUUCAAGGAGGAUAGGCGGAGUCAAAUUUAUUACAUGCGAGCCGGCAAUCACCCUCGUGAAAAUACAAGAAUAAAACGUGUACCACACACGACUCGCCGGUUGUCUGUGUAUCCAUACAAGGACCAGCACUUUAUUACGGCGGGGAGUUCGGUGCGACGGUCGCCGAGGAAGAAUAGGGAAGUUUAUGAUGCCUCUCGGAGGACACUCCCACGUGCAUCAAUUCCAAUUUCUAACGGGGCAACGGAAGCCGAUUUCCCCCGCAAAGAAUUGGAAGAGAUUGCAGCCUGGUUAGCCAGCGACGCAAUAUUUUUAGAGAUAGAGUCCCUUGCAGCAAGGACUCAUGUAAUGUGUCGUCAAGAGGAAACAUUGCGGAAUGACACCAACACGGCGGCGACCGCGUAUUCAGGAAAUGGCUCUGCGACACGAAAAAGAGGUCUGCGGCUGGAGACAAAUUCAUCAAUGCCAUCUUUACCAUUGAAUGAGGAGGCGUACGCACGGCAGAUAUUUGAUCGAGACGCACCAAAGCAGCAGGAAGGAAAUUUUUCUCGUGAACCUUCCACACCGCCCGAGCCGUACGUUGGAGACACGGUGGCGCAACCCGCAGGUGGACAAGGCUGCGACGUUGGUGCAAAAAUAGAGCAAAUGAUUUCCUUGCAACAGCUUGCCUAUGGCAGAUCGGCUUUGCUGCAGGAUGCGGAGGAUGGAGAGAAGGAAGGCUCCAAUUCCCCCACUGUUGUUGAGUUGAAGGAGGAAAUUCUGCAAGACGAUUUUAACGCGCGGUCAUCGUCGCAUUUGUCACCGUCUAUGGUGCAGGUGGGCGUCUCAGUGUCUGUGCCCACGGGGGCAGAGAGCUCACUGGGUGAUGGGGCCGUUUCACUUCGGGAUGCUUCACCACCGCGAUCUGGGGCGUGUUUUGUUCAUUCUUCGUGCAAAACGGAUCUUUACAAUGUGGUUCAAAUCCCACGGGCACACUACAUCUUGUCUGAGGUAAUUUCUCCCAUUGGUAGAGUGUUCGGCUAUCGUUUUUUUUUUUUUGUGUGUGUGUAA